AUGGGCGGCGGACCAGAGCACGGCUACCGUACGGUGGCUUACUUUGUGAACUGGGCCAUCUACGCUCGGAAACACCGGCCUCAGGACCUGCCCGCUGACAAGCUCACCCACAUCCUCUAUUCCUUUGCCAACGUGCGUCCCGAGUCGGGCGAGGUGUUCCUCACCGACACCUGGGCAGACACCGACAUCCACUGGGAAGGUGACUCGUGGAACGACACCGGCAACAACCUGUACGGAUGUCUCAAGCAGCUCAACCUGUUGAAGCGCAAGAACCGCCAGCUCAAGGUCCUACUAAGCGUGGGCGGCUGGACAUACAGCAGCAACUUCAAGCAGCCCGCCUCAACUCCCCAGGGUCGGGCCACCUUUGCCAACUCGUGCGUCGAGCUAAUCAAGAACCUCGGCUUCGACGGUAUCGAUAUCGACUGGGAAUACCCCCAGUCCCCUGCCGAGGCUGCCGACUUUGUCGCGCUGCUGCAAGCCGUCCGCGAUGCCAUGGAUGCCUACAGCCGUACCCUGCCAACCCCGUAUCAUUUCGAGCUCACUGUUGCCUGCCCGGCGGGUGCACAGAACUAUGAGAAGCUCGACCUCCCGGCCAUGGACCGUCUGCUCGACUUCUGGAAUCUCAUGGCCUAUGACUACGCCGGCAGCUGGGACCAGCACGCAGGGCACCAGGCCAACCUCCACCCCUGCAGAAGCAACCCCCAGUGCACACCGUUCAGCACUUCCGCGGCGCUGGAUUAUUACACGUCGCACGGCGUGGCCGCCAACAAGAUCGUGAUGGGCAUGCCGAUCUACGGGCGCGCCUUCCAGAACACCGACGGGCCGGGCUCCCAGUUCAGCGGCGUCGGCGAGGGAACCUGGGAGAACGGCGUCUUCGACUACAAGAAGCUGCCGCUCGAGGGCGCCCAGGAGCACAUCGAUCAGGAGUCCGGGGCCAGCUACUGCUACAACCCGGCCACGCGCACCAUGGUCACCUACGACACGGUGGAGAUGGCGCGCCACAAGACCCAGUUCCUCAAGGACAAGGGGCUGGGCGGCGCCAUGUGGUGGGAGAGCAGCGCGGAUAAGGAGGGAGACCAGAGUCUGAUCGGCAACGUGGUACAUGUCCUCGGCGGGCCGAAUAGUCUGGAGAGGAGGGAGAACUGCAUUGUUCAGCCGGCGACCAAGUACGAUAAUUUGAAGCAAGGGUUUCCGAACGAUAAAUAG